CCGUUCUCCAUACGAGUCCAACAGCCUUAAACAAGGUCGCAAAACACAGACAAAAGAUUACAAGAUGCUCAUCCAAGAAUCAUACGCAGAUGUGACCACGUCGGCCGAUGGGAAAGAAGGAUCCAUGCGGAUCUACCUCUUCCACCCUGCCAUCCCUGGCUACCCCAAUGCGAAAUUCCCCGGCGUUUGUCUCUUCUCCGAGAUCUAUCAAGUCACCGGCCCGGUAGCCCGCUUUGCCCGCCAGAUCGCAGGCCAAGGCUACAUUGUCGCAGCGCCCUCGUCCUACCACGACUUCACCGGUCCCGAAGCCCUGGCCUAUGACGGCCCAGGUACUGACAAGGGUAACGCCUGGAAGGUCGAAAAGACCCUCGAGUCCUACGAUGAAGACUCCCGCCGAACUGUCGACUACCUUCUCAGCCUGCCUACUUGCACGGGCCUGAUCGGUAGCACCGGCAUGUGUCUUGGCGGCCACUUGGCUUUUCGUGCGGCUCUGGAUCCCCGCAUCUCCGCCGUAGUCUCCUACUUCCCAACCGACAUCCACUGCCGCACCCUCGGCCCGCACUCGGCGAAGAACACCUCGCCCCAGGGGAGCAACCACACCAUCGACCUCCUCCCGCGCCUGGCCUCCCACGGCGUCGAGGCCGCCAUGAUCUUCGGCGUCCACGACACCCACGUCCCCGCCGACGGCCGCGACCUCAUCCGCUCCAAGCUCCGCGACGCCGGCGUCGUUUUCAGCUUCUACGAGUUCGCCUGGGCCCAGCACGCUUUCAUCCGCGACGAGCUCAGCAAGGGCCGCUAUGACCCCGCCAUCUCCAAGAUCUGCUUCGAGGUCCUUCUUGAGCUGUUCGGUCGCGCUCUCAAGACGGACUUGGGGCCGAGGGAGGGCGUUGGCGAGGUUGAACACGUGUGUUGA